UGGAGCCCAAACCCAACCCAUGAAUUUACAGUCCUUACUAUUGACAUAAAAAAGAAGAAGAAAAAAGAGCAGAAUUUUCAGCCCAAACUAACAAGAGGAAACAUUCUCAGAUUUGAGAAUUUCAGCCAUCGCAGGUAUCCCACUGCCCAGCCCUCCUCCUCUCAUGGCUUCACCGUCUGAUCCCACCAACCCGGAGGCGGCAGCAGCGAUUAGAAGGAAAAAGAAUGGACCCCCGAUCAAGUUCUUGGUUCCUCUUGUCUAUGCUCCUGUUCUUCCUCUAAUUCGACUCACCCUGCGUAAGAAUCCUGUUGUAAGGGACCGUCUUUUCACGGCUGUCUUGGUUGGUGCUUUUGCUCAUGGCUUUUACUUGGUAACAGAUAUAUAUGACAGCGAAAGUAAGUGAAUUUCAACUCCCUUUGAGAAGUUGAAGUCUUAGUGUUUGCUCCUCCUCUACAACUUCCAUUGGUUCUUCACAAAUGGAAUAGCAGCCAGAUGUUCUCAUGAUACAACAACUUACAAACAAUUUAGAUUUUGUUCAUCCUUUUUUAUUUUUCAAUCAUCGAUUGCUUCUGAAGCCCCUGUGAUGGGGCUAAAUUUAAGCACUGUAUCUUUCAGUUGUUGUUUGACAGAAAUAAUUUCAGCCUAAAAGGUUGGUUUUGUUAUUGCUGCAGUAAAAUCUCAUUUUUGGUUUUCGGACAUCGAAGCCUGAAACAUUUUUAUUA